AUGAUGAAUGGCCGGAAUAUGAAUGCUGUAGCAAUGGUGCCCCUGGAAGGCUGGAAACAGCCAACAUAUGGGGUCAGUUUAAACCGUAAGGGUCAUGAAGUAUCCCCAGAAAAGUAUGGCAUUGAAAGAGCUACAGAGAGUGUAGAUGCAGCGGCGGCAGCGGCGACGGAGGCACUACACAAGCGUAGGAGAGAAGUGGAGGAAGAUGACGUGGUGGGCUUUGUUGAUGACACAUCGACACUAGUAAAGAAACUUACUGAAGGCGAUCGCAAGUGUGAUGUCAUUUCGAUCAUUGGAAUGGGAGGUCUGGGGAAGACAACUCUUGCCCGGAAAAUCUACAAUAAUGUUGGCGUCAAGAGGCACUUUGAGUGUCGUGCAUGGGUGUAUGUAUCUCAAGAUUUCAGAAUUAGAGAGCUAUUGCUUAAAAUUUUGAAAGAGAUGCAAAUACGGGAGCAGUGGAAAAUUUUAGAAGACAUGGGUGUAGACGAAUUAAAAGGGAAGUUGUUCAAAUGCUUGCUAAGAAAGAGGUACCUAAUAGUCAUGGACGACAUUUGGAAUACUGAAGUUUGGGAUGAAGUAAGAUCAGCUUUUCCUGAUGACUUGAAUGGAAGCAGAAUAUUGAUCACCAGCCGCAUAAAUGAAGUAGCUUCACAUGCAAGCUCUGCUCCUCCCUACUUUCUCCCAUUUCUUGACAAAGACGAAAGUUGGGAGCUCUUUAGUAAGAAAGUGUUUCGGGGAAGAACAUGUCCUCCCGAGUUAGAAACUCUAGGGAGAAAAAUCGCAGAAGAUUGUUGUGGCUUACCACUUUCCAUUGUGGUUUUAGGAGGCCUUUUAGCAAAUAGAGAUAAGACAUCCCGAGAAUGGUCCAAAUUAAUUGGCCAUGUAAAUUGGUACCUUACUGAGGCUAAUCCAAUCUGCAAAGACAUUUUGGCCUUAAGCUACACCAACCUACCUCGACGCUUGCAACCAUGCUUUUUGUAUUUUGGUGUGUACCCGGAAGACUUUGAGAUCCCUGCAAGGCAAUUGAUCCACCUAUGGACAGCCGAGGGAUUCAUACAGCACACUAGCAAUAGAAGCAAAGAGGAUGUUGCCGAGGACUACUUGGGGGAGCUCAUUGAUCGAAGCUUGAUCCAAGUGAGUAGGAGGGCGACAGAUGGAGGCAUAAAGAAAUGUCGUAUUCAUGAUCUUCUGCGAGACUUCUGCAUAUCCGAGAGUAAGGAAGACAAAUUUCUUGAGCUACUUAGAGCCGGUAACCUUUCAUUCCCCAUCAAACCUCGUAGACUAUCCUUCCAUGGUGAUGGUAGUUUUCCUGUAUACAAUGUCCUAAACUUCUUUGAUCCUCCGUGUGCUCGUUCUUUGUUGUUCUUUGGCGAUGCCGGAGAUAGAGACUUGAACUUGUUUGUUAAAAACUUCGAGUUGAUUCGGGUGCUUAAUUUGGAGUGUAUAGUACUCCACUCCAUUCCCAAAAGCAUUGAAACAAUGAUCCACUUGAGGUACUUGAGGAUUGAAUUAUCUGCGUCAGCAAGUUUUUUUCUUGAUUCCCUUGGUAACCUUAGGAAUCUAGAAACACUUGUCAUGGAGCUUGGACAUGUUGCAUUUGAUUGUCCAGUAAGCAGCGUAAACGGGAUAUUUAUGCUGCAGAGUUUAAGGAAUCUGUAUCUGGAAGAGUUCCGGCUGUUGCCUUACCAUUUGGAUGAAGUUCUAUGGAACCUCCAAGUCCUUUCCACUUCAAUAUCUUGGUAUGUUAAAGAGCAAGCUUUUACUGUCGCACUGGACAAGUUUCCUUGUGUUAGGGAACUAACUAUACGAUUUAUAAACAAAUACGGUAACGUUAAUUUUGAAGAAAGCGAAAGAGCAGUAGAAUUGUUGGAACGCCUUCACCAGUUAGGUUGUCUUCAAAAAUUGAAAAUGAGGGAAUUCCCAAUACUUCCUAGUGAUUUGAUUUCAUUUCCAUUGACAAUCACUCAACUAACCUUAAGAAAUGUUGGGUUAGCAGAAGGUGGCGGCAUGACAGUGCUGGGAAAGCUUCCCAAUCUUCGGAUACUGAAAAUAAAAAGCUGUGCUAUUAGUAAUCUGCACGUCUUUGGGGAUUCAUUUCCUAGACUCGAAGUCCUUAAAUUGCGAAGGUUGGAUUACUUUGAAGAAUGGAAACAAGAGGAAGGUGCAAUGCCAUGCCUUAGAUAUUUGGUUAUCAGCAAAUGCCGUAAGUUGACCAUACUCCCUCCGGAACUUUGGAGUUUGACUACCUUGCAAAAGGUGGAGGUGUCAAGCCCCAACCCAAAAUUGGAAAAGAUGCUUCAAAAAUUGCAGAGGACGGUUAGCUGUAAGCUAGUGAUCGGUUCGUCCAGCAUCUGAUUACUGAUUCGUGGGUUCAAGUAAUGAUAUCAUCCACUUUGCAGCAUAUGUAGGAUUCUGCUACAAGAAGGAGAAGAGACCAAAUAGAGCUAAUUAAGA